AUGUAUGCUUGCUCUUGGAAUGUGAGAGGUCUCAAUGACCCUCUGAAAAUAAAGGAGGUAAAAUCUUUUUUAGUUGGUAACAAGUUGAAUAUUGUUGCUUUAAAUGAAACUAGAGUGAAGUUAGCUAAUAAAGAUAGGAUUCGAAAGAAGUUUGGAGGUAGUUGGCAAUGGGGGGAUAAUUAUAGUCAUAGUUCUAAGGGUAGAAUAUGGCUUGCAUGGAAACAUGCCCUGAUUCAGGUGAAGAUUCUGUUUACUACUGAACAGGUUAUUCAUGCCUUAAUCACUGAUAAGAAUAGUCAGUAUAAAAUGUUGUUCACUGCUGUGUAUGGUUUACAUAAUAUUGAAGAUAGGAAGCCACUAUGGACUACUCUUAAGAACAUUACACAUAAUAUGGAGUGGAUUAUAAUGGGGGAUUUUAACUCGGUGCUAGAAUGUGAUGAUAGACUUAAUGGCAAUCCAGUGACUAAUGCUGAAACUGAAGAUUUCAGAAAUAUGCUGGAUAAUACUGAUUUGAUGGUGGUGAAAGGUAUAGGGGGUACCUAUACUUGGUCUAAUAAGAGAGAAGGGGUGGAUAGAAUAUUCAACCGGAUUGAUAGAUGCCUUUGUAAUGCCACUUGGUUUACCCAACACACUCAUACAGUAGUGGAGAUCAAGAACCAAUCAGUGUCUGAUCAUCAUCCCCUACUGAUUCAUUUAAACCAGCAACAUCAUCAGGGUGGUAGACCAUUCAGGUUCUUUAACCAUCUUAUUGAGCAUCCUCACUUUCAUGAAAUAGUUUUAGAGGCUUGGAGACAAAAGGGAGCUGCUAGCAGUCUUGAUGAUAUAUGGCUGAAAUUGAAAGAUGUUAGCAAAGCUCUCAAAAAGUUACAAAUAACUCACUAUGCUAAUGUGGAGUUGCAUAGACAGGAGCAACAUUGUAUUGUUUCUCUUAAAAAAUGGCUUCAUGUUGAAGAGAGCAUAUACAAGCAGAAGUCUCGGAUUCAGUGGCUCCAAGAAGGUGACUCUAAUAGCAAAGUUUUCUUUGCUGCUAUGAAGGAAAGACAAGCAAGGAAUUCCAUUGAUGUCUUAUACACAAGCACAGGGGAGAAGCUUGAUAAAGUUGCUGAUAUUCAAAAGGAAUUGAAUCAAUUCUAUAGCAAUUUAAUGGGGACUUGUGCUGAAGAGAUUCCUGCUAUUGAUUUGAAUAUAGUCAAACAAGGAACCUCUCUGAACAACAGUGACAGAAACUAUCUUAGUGCUCCUGUGACCUUGAUUGAAAUUGAUAAGGCUAUAUUCAGUAUUGAUGCAGACAAAGCACCUGCAUGUUGCACUGUGGUUUAUAAGAUUAUUGCUAAAAUAAUCACUCAUAGACUGCAAAGUGUUAUUGGGGAAGUGGUUGAUACAGCACAAGUAGGUUUUAUUCCUAAAAGAAACAUUACAGACAACAUUCUUCUUGCUACUGAUCUUAUAAAGGGCUACAACAGAAAAGGGAUUUCACCUAGAUGCACUAUCAAGGUGGAUCUAAAAAAAGCCUAUGAUUCAAUUGAAUGGACAUUCUUGAAAAGCAUGAUGCUUGAACUAGGCUUUCCUCAACCAUUUGUUUCUUGGGUUAUGGCUUGUGUGACUAGUGUGUCAUACUCUAUUAUGCUCAAUGGUAAACCUGGUAAACCUUUCUAUGCAAAGAAAGGGCUCAGACAAGGGGAUCCCAUGUCCCCAUUUCUAUUUGCAAUAGGAAUGGAAUAUCUUUCUAGGUGUUUAAAACAUCUAAAAGAUAAUAAAAAAUUCCAUUAUCAUCCUAAAUGUGGCAGAUUCCACAUCACUCACAUGAUGUUUGCAGAUGACUUGUUGAUGUUUUGUAGAGGUGAUCUUACCUCUAUUCAUGAGAUGUUUCUUGCUUUUAGAAUGUUCUCUCAAGCUUCUGGAUUGGAAGCUAACUUACACAAAAGCAAUAUAUACAUGGGUGGAGUAUCUGAAGACGUAGUUGCUAUGGUACAGUCAACAACCAAGAUACCUAUAGGAGAGCUGCCAUUCAGAUAUCUUGGGGUUCCAUUGUCUACUAAGAAGCUGUCAUAUAACACUUGCAAGCCUCUUGUAGAGAAAAUCAUGGCUAGGACUCAAAGCUGGGCAGCAAAGCUUCUUUCAUAUGCUGGAAGAGCUCAGUUAGUGAAGUCUGUCCUCUUAAGUAUGCAGAUCUUUUGGUGUCAAAUAUUCAUGUUGCCAAAAAAGAUUUUGAAGGAGAUUCAGGGAUUGUGUAGAAGUUAUUUGUGGGCUGGAACUCAGAAUUCAAGGAAAGCUUUGGUGUCCUGGGAGCAAGCUUGA